AAUUUAAAUUUUUAUUUUUAUUUUUAUGUGCAGGACAUGAUCACAGCAGGCAUGGACACUACUGCAAUAUCAGUUGAGUGGGCCAUGGCAGAGCUGAUCAAGAACCCAAGAGUGCAAGAGAAAGCCCAAGAAGCGUUAGACCGAGUCCUCGGGUUCGAUCGAGUGAUGACUGAGUCAGACUUCCCAAACCUCCCCUACCUGCAAUGCGUGGCUAAGGAGGCUCUAUGGUUGCACCCACCAACAACUCUCAUGCUCCCCCACAAGGCCGCUGCAAACGUUAAGAUCGGCGGCUACGAUGUUCCCAAAGGCUCCAACGUACAUGUGAACGUGUGGGCCCUUGCACGUGACCCAGCCAUGUGGAAAGAUCCACUACAGUUCCGCCCUGAGCGAUUCCUUGAGGAGGACAUCGACAUGAAGGGUCACGAUUUUCGGCUACUACCGUUUGGAGCUGGCCGUCAGGUUUGCCCUGGGGCCCAGCUGGGGAUCAAUCUGGUCCAGUCGAUGCUGGGCCACCUCUUGCAUCAUUUUCAGUGGACCCCACGAGAAGGGGUCAAGGCUUUUUGGGUUUUCUACGUAUGCUUAAAGCUUGUAGUUUGA